ACUAUUUGAGUACAUAUGGCGAGGAGAGACAAUGGUAUAUAUUUAGUUAAUUUUUUCCCGCCGAAUUAUUAUUCGUAGUCGGUACUUAAUAUCGUUGUAAAUGAUCGAUGGCAAUUCCUCUACGGAACGUAAUACAAUUGUCGUCGUUGACAUUUAGGAAAAAUGUUCGCAUAGCUGCGAAAGGUGAUAGCAAACGAUUCAUCAUGACAAGCCGCAUGAGACUCGAAAAGGUUUUAGAAGAUCUUCAAAAGAAUCCUUAUUUUGACAAAUAUGCGGAAAAGAUAGCGAAACUUCAGAAGACUAGUCCCGAUGAGUUUCUGCAACGUGUCGAUAAUCAGGCGCAGAAGUCGCGAGAAAAGAAAGAGAAACAACAGCAAGGCUAUAAGUUUUAUCAGAGCCAGGCAAAACCAAAUUUGGAUCCAAACUAUAAGCCCAAACAGGCACAAUUAAGUAACAUAAUGAAAGUGGAUAUGAUUCAGGAUAAAACUAAGGAAGAGAUUGUAAAUAUAUGGAAAAAUUAUCACAAACAAAAGGAUUGCAUAUCUGGAAUAUUAGCACCAGACCAGUUCGACAAAAUGUUUGAGCGUGGAAAACAGUAUCCCACGUUCUUAUUGCCAUUACCUAGAGAACAUGGGUAUGAAUUUAUUGUUACCCAGUUCUAUGGUACAGAGGUUCAUAUGACACCGCUUUUGUGGUAUCAGGCACACAAGGAGAACUCUCCAGAGUGUUUAUCUAUGGUGCAUUAUCUAGAACUUAGAGAGAGCAAAGGCAUUGUGCUUAUGCGGGGUGAAUUUGAUAAAAACACCAUUGGCGUACAGGAAGCGCAAUGUUUAGCAAAUGAGUUACAAUUAUAUUACUGUACAGAUAAUCCAACAAGGUUACACUUAUUAGAGACAUUCACUAGUAAACCAGAUGAAUUCAAACACAUGGAUCUUGUAGCACAGUUGGAGACAAUACAAUUAGAAUUAAAUACUAACUUUUUAGUUGCAGUCCACCUAGCAAGGUCUUGUAGUACUCAAUCGUUAUGGGCGUUUCCAUCUGUGAAGACAAAAGUACAUAUGUCAUGGGCUCACAUUAGAAAAAACUGUUUUUCUGAUAAUGCGGCUACAAAAGUAUAUAUUACGACACCCAUAUUUUAUGUUAAUGCUGGGCCACAUAUUGGACACCUUUAUACUGCAGUUUUGGCAGAUGCUAUAACUAGAUUUAAUUCUAUGCUAGGACACUCUGUAUUCCUUUGCACAGGUACAGAUGAACACGGUACUAAAGUCGAGAAAGCUGCGAAUAAGGCAACUAUGCCAAUGCCUAUGUACUGUACUAAAGUUUCACAGCAAUUCCAACAAAUGUGCGACGCAUUCCAAGUCGACUAUUCACGGUUCAUUAGAACAACUGAGAAACAACACAAAGAAGCUGUUCAUCAUUUUUGGAAAAUCUUGUCGGAUUUGGAAUUAAUAGAACAGAAAGAUACUGCUGGAAAUGUUAUUCGUGUGUCUGCAGAAUCAGGAAAUCCUGUGGAAUGGACAGAAGAAGAUACUUAUAAGUUUCGUCUUUCUUCUUUCCAAGAUAACUUGAAAUAUUGGCUGAAAAACGAAAAUACAGUACAACCGGCAAUAUACCAUAAGAUUUUAUUUAAUUGGAUCGAAGAAGGUCUAGAAGAUUUAAGUAUUUCUAGACCAGUUACGAGAGUGCCAUGGGCCAUUCCUACACCUUCAGAUAAAUCUCACACAAUAUAUGUAUGGGUAGAUGCGUUAGUGAAUUAUUUGACUUCGAUAGGAUAUCCGGACAGUUCUUUUAAACAAUUUUGGCCGCCAACUGUACAAGUUGUAGGAAAAGAUAUAUUAAAAUUCCAUGGCAUAUAUUGGCCAGCAUUAUUAAUGGCUGUCGGUCUUGAACCACCAAAGAAACUUUUAUGUCAUGGACAUUGGACUGUUAACGACCAGAAAAUGUCGAAAUCCAAAGGAAACGUAAUUUCACCCUUUGAUGCCGUGGUUGAUUUUACAUCGGAUGGUCUACGGUACUUUCUGUUGCGACAGGCGGUACUUCACGCAGACGCAAAUUAUAACACAAAGAAAAUUCAGAACAUACUGAACGCUGAACUGGCCAAUACGUUAGGAAAUUUAGUUAAUCGAUGUUUAGGUAAAAGUAUCAAUCCGAGAAGAGUUAUACCCGAUCCGUCAAAGUGUGCGAGUGUCUUAAAAUCUGAAGCAGCUAUUGAAAAUAUAAAAGUUUUGGAAGAAAUCGGCGACAGAGCUAGAGAAUUUUAUGAGGAAUAUUGUUUGCAUCAUGUAGUAGACGAAGUCAUGAGUUUGUUGCGCGCCGCGAAUAUAAUGUUCGACCAUCAUAAACCAUGGCAUUUAUGCAAAUCUAAGGAUCUUGACUCGUUGAAAGAAUUAGAGGCUGUGAUAUCUUUGGCCCUAGAAAGCGUACGAGUGGCUGCUAUAAUAUUACAGCCUAUUGUACCAACACUGACCUCUAGUCUUCUAGACUCGCUAGAAGUAUCGAAAGAAAAUCGUACUUGGGAUGACACGAGACCCCUUCACGUGACAAAUGUUUCAAAUAGAGUAGAACGGACUGUAUCACAGAAAAUGUUAUUAUUUAAGAAAAUAAAAGAUUAAGGA